AAUCGUCAAGUGUUUGUUGGCUGAUAGUUUUUUCUCUUACUGAGACCAGUAUCACUACUGCUACUGUGUAAAUGAACAAAUUUUUUAGGAGGAGACACCCUCUCUAUUUCAAAUGACUGGAUUAUACUAGCUAGUGAUACAGGUUCUAAAUGCAAAGAAUGACAUAAACAAAGAGCAAGCACUACAAGCUUGUUUAUAUUUAUUGCCAUAGCAACCUCUCUUUUGCGCUUACAAAAUUAUGAAAAUUAAAGAAGGGGAAUUCACAGCUGCAAUAUAUGGUGCUAUUAAAGACCAGAAAUAUAAAGAAGCGAUAAAUAUACUAAAUCAACAACUCCUCGUCCAUCCAACCAAUCGAGCUGCACUUUCAUUACUUGGUUAUUGUUUUUAUCAGCUACAGGAUUUUGUCAGUGCUUCUGAUUGUUACGAACAAUUGACUCAGCACUUCCCUGAAGUAGAAGAAUAUAAAUUUUACUUUGCUCAGUCACUCUAUAAAGCAGGCUUGUUUCAAGCUGCGACUAAAGCUGCAGCUCAAAUUGAAGAUCCAAAUUUCAAAGAAAAAUUAAAUAAACUCAAUGCUGCUAUACAUUAUGGUGAAGGUGACUUAUCUGGUUCACGUAGUAUAGUUGAACAAAAUUCUAAUGGUGACAUUGAUUCAAUAAUUAAUCUUGGUUGUUUGUUCUAUCGUGAAGGAGAUUAUCAAAAAGCUUGUCAACACUUUCAACAAGCUAUACAAACAACUGGUUACCAAGCACAAUUAACUUAUAAUAUUGCAUUAUGUUAUUAUCAAAUGAAACAAUAUGCUCAAUCAUUAAAAUAUAUUGCUGAUAUUAUAGAACAUGGAAUAAGAGAACAUCCAGAACUUGGUGUUGGUAUGACUACAGAAGGUUUAGAAGUAAGAAGUGUUGGAAAUACAAUGAUAUUACAUGAAACUGCUUUAAUUGAAACAUUUAAUUUAAAGGCAGCUAUUGAAUUCAAUUUAAAAAAUUAUACAUCGGCAUCUGAAGCAUUAACAGAUAUGCCACCAAGAAGUGAAGAAGAACUUGAUCAUAUUACAUUACAUAAUCAAGCUUUAAUCAAUAUGGAAAUAGAACCAGAUAUUGGUUUUCAAAAACUACAAUUUCUAUUACAACAAGAAACCUUUCCACCAGAAACAUUUGCUAAUCUUUUAUUACUUUAUAUUAAAUAUGAAUAUUAUGAUUUAGCUGCUGAUGUAUUAGCUGAAAAUACAACAUUAGCUUAUGAAUAUUUAUCAUCGGAUUUAUUUAAUUUUAUUGAAGCUGUCAUUCUUAGACAAACUGCUCCACAAGAUGCUUAUAAUCGUCUUGAUCAAAUGGCUAUUAAACAUACAGAACAAUUAAGACGUUUAACAAAAAUCAUCCAAGAAGCAAGACAAAAUCAAAAUGAUGAAUUAGUUAGAAGUACUGUCCAAGAAUAUGAUCUGGCAUUGGAGAAUUACAUUCCAGUAUUAAUGCAACAAGCUAAAAUCUAUUGGGAUAUGGAAAAUUAUCAACAGGUAGAAAAAAUCUUUCGUAAAUCUGUUGAAUUUUGUAAUGAUCAUUCUAUAUGGAAAUUAAAUGUAGCCCAUGUAUUAUAUAUGCAAGAGAAUAAAUAUAAAGAAGCAUGUCAGUUUUAUGAACCAAUAAUUAAGAAGCAAUAUCAUCAUUUACUGAAUAUAAGUGCUAUUAUCUUAGCUAAUUUAUGUGUUACCUAUAUAAUGACUAGUCAAAAUGAAUAUGCUGAAGAAUUAAUGCGUAAAAUUGAAAAAGAAGAAGAAGAACAAGAAGAACAAGAAGAACUACAUCGUGGAACUGACGGCGAUGUCGACGGUCAUGAUGAUCUAGACGUUCAUCGUCAUGAUGAUGUUAUAUUAUCUCGUCAUCAUUCAAAGAAAAAAUUAUUUCAUUUAUGUAUUAUUAAUUUAGUAAUUGGUACAUUGUAUUGUACUAAAGGGAAUUAUGAUUUUGGUAUUAGUCGUAUUAUUAAAAGUUUAGAACCAUAUCAUAAAAAAUUAGGACCAGAUACAUGGUAUUAUGCUAAACGUUGCUUCUUAUCACUUAUUGAAAAUAUGGCAAAACAUAUGAUUUUGAUAAGAGAUGCCGUACUAAUAGAUUGUAUACAAUUUUUGGAACAAUGUGAAUUAUAUGGACGUAAUAUAAAAGCUGUUAUUGAUCAACCAAUUGAAUCCCAAAAAAUUCAUCCAGGACAAAAUACGAUUACAUAUGAAGCACGUUUAUUGAAAUCCCUUCUAUUAGAACUUAUUCAAGGUUAAGAUACAAGCCAAGUAUUGAAUAUGAUCAUGUUUGAUCCUGAAAAGAAAGUCGUCAAAAUGAUUCCUUACUUUUAAUGAACACUUGUAUAGUGUUGAGAUAGUGAAGAAGAAGAAGAAGAUUUGUAGCUGAGGUAGAUGAUUUUGAUGAAAUUUUGUUGUCAACCAAAUUAUCCAGUUCAGAGAACAAACCUUAUGUAGUUGUUUACCCGGUCGAGUCUCUGUAUGUGUGUGUGUGUAUGUAUGUAUGCUAAACUUUUGAUUCCCAGUGGUUCAUGUAUAUAAAUAAACAAAAUUGGAUUUAUUUUGUUUAUAUUCUUUUCAUGAUUGUUAGUAAUAUCAUGUAUAUUUAUAAUUUUAGUAAAAGUACUAUUGCUGAAAUACUCGUAAUAUCAGUCAGUCAGUCAGCUACAAC